AUGCCGCUCUUCCUCCGCCCGCCGACCCACCCCGUCCCUGAUGCCUCACUCGCCACCUUCCGCGGCAGGGUCGCUGUGCUCGUCCCGCCCUCGAGACGCCAAGAGCCACGGACCGCCGCCGACGUGAGGAGGGGGAUCUUCGACCACUUGCGGGCCGCCAACAACUAGGAGGCGCUCUCUGACCCCUUCGAUCGAGCACUCGAGGACCACUACGAGCGCCUCCCGUCCAGCUACUACAUCGACCUCGACGUGAACAAGGCCAACGACGUGCUGCUGCACUGCCGGAUCCUCGCAAAGUGUGCCGCGGACCCUGAUGAGAUCCACCCGCCCUCUUCCUCUCCCCUGCGUCCGCCCCGUUGUUCCUCCCCAAGCUAUGAAGGGACUUUCAUGAAUCAUAACACUGGCGUUCACGGAGGUUCUGCUGGAAACAAGUUCAGGAUGUCUCUGGUUCUGCCUGUGGCAGCCACUGUGAACUGCGCUGAUAACACUGCUGCUGCAUCUGGCGGAGCUGCCGUUGCCGCCCCAAAGGGCAACCUUCAUCAGACACAACCCCAUAACAGGGCCUCAAGAAGUAUUACAACGCCGGGUAGGAGUCCUUUGCUGCUGUUGCUGUCGGUGGCUUCUCUGCCAUCCAUAGUCGCAGCCGCGGCUGGACGCUUGGUCCUUCUGCUAUCGUCGCUGGAGCUGAUACCACUGCAUCUGGCCUGGCCUGCUAUCCCUUAUCCAUUGGUGGUGUUGCAGCUUAAGUGGAUUUCUCAACGGAUGUGCUUGCGGCUGGGUAUCCAGAUGCUGGGCUUUCAUGUUUCUUCGUGA